AUCGAGUCUCUUCUAGGUUUUCUUGAAGCAUCAUUGGGUAAUCGAUUACAUCCAUGGCUUCUCUGGUCACAAAUGGAGUUUUUUCAAGCUUUUCUCCACAACCCAUCUCAGAAACCCCUAAAAUCUCAAAAGGGUCAAGCUUGAAACUCGAAAAUUCUUGUAAAUUAACGAACUUGAAGUCCCACAAUUCCAGGUUCUUGAAGCUGAGAGCUGAUGCCAAAACAAUCCAAUCGGACACACUCACCGAAGGUAAUUCUUCAAAUUUGGCGUCAAUUGAUGAUGACCCACUUCAGAAAUUUCUUAAAAGAGAUUACAAAUGGGGAUUUAAUCAAGAAAUUGAUUCUUUUACGAUCCCCAAAGGGCUUUCGGAAGAAACAAUUAGGUUGAUUUCAUCACGGAAAAACGAACCUGAUUGGAUGCUUGAGUUUAGGUUAAACUCUUAUCAUAAAUUCUGUCAGAUGACCGAACCCAAAUGGUCAGAUAAUGAUUACCCCAAGAUUGAUUUUCAAAACAUGUGUUAUUAUUCAGAACCUAAAAAGAAACCAACUUUGGAUAGUCUUGAUGAAGCUGAUCCUGAGCUUAUCAAGUAUUUUGAUAAAUUGGGUAUUUCUUUAAAUGAAAAGAAACGUUUAGCUAAUGUUGCUGUGGAUGCUGUUCUUGAUAGUGUUUCUAUUGCAACAACUCACAGAAAGACACUAGAGAAAUCUGGGGUUAUCUUUUGUUCGAUUUCAGAGGCUAUUAAGGAAUACCCAGAUUUAGUUAAGAAGUAUUUAGGGAAAGUUGUUGCACCUGAUGACAACUUCUAUGCUGCUUUGAAUUCAGCUGUAUUUAGUGAUGGAUCUUUUGUGUAUAUACCUAAAGACACCAAAUGCCCAAUGCAAAUUUCGACUUAUUUUAGAAUAAACGCCAUGGAAACCGGUCAAUUUGAGCGAACUCUUAUAGUGGCAGAGGAUAGGAGUUUUGUUGAGUAUUUAGAAGGGUGUACGGCCCCUUCUUAUGACACGAAUCAGCUUCACGCUGCUGUGGUGGAACUCUAUUGUAAUGAGGAGGCGGAGAUUAAAUACUCCACGGUACAGAAUUGGUACGCUGGGGAUGAAGAAGGGCGCGGUGGGAUAUUUAAUUUUGUGACAAAGAGGGGUCUUUGUGCUGGUCGAAAAUCCAAGAUUUCUUGGACCCAAGUGGAGACUGGAUCUGCAAUCACUUGGAAGUACCCAAGUGUGGUGUUGGAGGGUGACGAUUCCGUGGGUGAGUUCUAUUCGGUUGCGUUGACUAAUAAUUGUCAACAGGCAGAUACAGGGACAAAGAUGAUUCAUAAGGGUAAGAAUACGAGAAGUAGGAUCAUUUCAAAGGGGAUUUCGGCUGGAAAUUCAAGGAAUUGUUACAGGGGUCUUGUGCAGGUUCAGUCACGAGCGGAUAAUGCUAAGAAUUCAUCGCAAUGCGAUUCCAUGCUCAUUGGCGACAAGGCGGCUGCUAACACUUACCCUUACAUCCAGGCCAAAAACCCAUCUGCUCGUAUAGAACACGAAGCAAGCACUUCCAAGAUUGGGGAAGACCAACUUUUCUAUUUUCAGCAAAGAGGGAUCGAUUAUGAGAGAGCCAUGGCUGCCAUGAUAUCUGGGUUUUGCAGGGACGUGUUCAACGAGCUUCCUGAUGAAUUUGGUGCUGAAGUGAACCAGCUAAUGAGCAUAAAGCUUGAAAACUCCGUUGGUUAAGCUCAUAUUGGUUGGUUCCAGGUGAAGAAAAGGCGAGAUUUGGAACACACAGAAAUCUAUAGAAAAGUUUCAUUCGUUGAUAUGUGUUCGGUUUUCGCAUGCUCAACGAGGGUGAUGUAUUACUUCUCAUGAUGUGUAAAUGAAUCAGGUUUUAUACAUGUAAUGUAAUGUAGUCCAUAUAAGAAGGGUGCAAAUUGUUUUCAUAUAUUGUGUAGUGGUAGCCAUUGUGAGCUUGUUUGCAUGACUUCUGCUAUAAGAUCUUCUGAAUCCUAUGGAGUCAUAUGGCUGUCUAACAUUUU